CACUGCCUGUCCUUGCCCGUGAGGAAGGGAGCUGAGUCCUGCUUCCCCCCCGAUCCGCCCGCACCUCCAGGACUUCUUGGCAAAUCUGCCCCAAAAGAUUCCUGCUGACGCUUGUCUGUUCCUGCCCUUUUGUGAAACAUGGCACCCACAGGACUCCGGGAAGAAUCUUAAAUCCUGAGCCUCCACAGCGGCUCUGGAGGGCACUCCGUGUGGCUCAUCCACCAUCCCUGUCAGCUCCGGGAGCUGCUCACAUCCCAACAAUGCCCUCAGGAGCCCCGACCCCAGCUGGAUGAGACCAUUCCUGAGUGGGACCCAACCUUGCCACCCACCAAGAUUCCCACACCGCCCCCCACCACCUCCCACGCCCGGCUGCCCCAGCAGACUCUAGAAUGUCUGUGCCUCAGAUCCAAGUAGAAGAAGUGGCAGGUGGGCAAGAAGAGACGGCAGGAGAAGCCCUGCCUCCCGACGACCACCUCCGGAGCCUGAAGGCUCUCACUGAGAAACUGAGGCUGGAGACCCGAAGGCCCUCCUACUUGGAAUGGCAGGCCAGGCUGGAGGAGCCAACAUGGCCCUUUCCGAGGCCAGCUGCUGAGCAGGGGGAGCGUGGGGAGGAGGAGCCCUCAUCCCCGGGGAGAGAGCCCAGGCAGCAUCCCCCACCUAACGGGAGUGCCAGCCAGGACACUGGGCCCCAGCCCACCGGCAAGCUGGAAGGCUUUGAAAGUAUCGACGAAGCUAUAGCCUGGCUCAGGAAGGAACUGAUGGAGAUGCGGCUGCAGGACCAGCAGCUGGCCAGACAGCUCAUGCGCCUGCGCAGUGACAUCAACAAGCUAAAGAUCGAGCAGACCUGUGACCUGCACAGGAGGAUGCUCAACGAUGCCACCUACGAGCUGGAGGAACGGGACGAGCUGUCUGAUCUCUUCUGCGACUCCCCGCUCGCCUCCUCCUUCAGUCUCUCCACCCCACUCAAGCUCAUUGGAGUCACCAAGAUGAACAUCAACUCCCGGAGGUUCUCUCUGUGCUGAGAAGCCCUAGAAGGGGGCGGAGGGACCAGAGCAGAGUGUAUGGGAGGUGGGGAGGGGGCGUGGGAAGGGCGUUGAGGCUGCGUUACCCUGAGUGGGUCUCCCCAGAGGCAGGGUUUCCCUGUGGCUGGUGAACCGUGGGCCCUCAGACCCACGGCAGGUGCUCUCUCAGGGGGCCCCGACUGUGGAGCCCCACAACCCUCUGACUGUCCGUGACCCAAAGUGUUCUGCAGAAGGGCCGCUCCAUCCAGAUCUUCAAUGAGACCUGGCUCCCAGCAUGACACGUCUCCAUCCUCCCCUCACUGCCCCCCCAUUCCUGUUUCCCGGAAUCACUGGUGCUAUGAUCUGGGAUCCCAAAGGGGGGCCCCCAAACACUGUGAUUCUUGCAGAAAGCUUCCCCAAGGGCACUGAGCAUCCAGGGAGCAGAUGAUUAGGUAUGUCAGGUGAGCCCAUCUGCUGUUGCUGUCUUCUAAGUACGGGCUCGUAGACAGGUGACUCAGCAGCCCUGACAGGGACCCACCAGGAAAGGAAAACCAGGAGCAACGACAAAGUGGAGCUCGGGACUGCAGGCCCUACAGCCGCCGGGAGCGCCUCUGCUGGGCGCCGGCUGUGGUCACUCUUAGACCUUGGCACUACUGGUGUUACGUCGAUUGUUUUCAGCGCGUGCCAGGACACACCCGGGCAGCGUGGGGGGGGCAAACACAGAUACCCUCUCUGUUGCCUGCCCUGGCUGCACACCCCAAUCCCAGUCUCCAAAGAGCCCCUUUGCCGCCACCCUGCACCUCCAGGGGGGUGCCCGAGUGACUAGGCAAAUCUGUCCGUGGAUUUCCCAUCACCGAAUUCUCCUGGUGGCAUCACCUUUGUCCCCUUCUUGCCCCACCCCGCCCCCCAGAAAGACUCGAGGGAGCUCGGAAGCUCACCCUGAGCCUCCUCUGACAUUCUGUGCCUGAUUUAAAUCACUAAUUUUAAUUGAAUCAGACUGUUACUAAUCUGUUGCUAACUUGUUCACAACUGUUUGAUUUUUGUCCACAUGGUGAUGCCAGUUGGGUAGGUCAAGUUCAGUAGUUUAGGAUUUGAUUUGAAAAGGUUCUCCCUACCGACAAGCAUGAGGCCCAGCAAGCAUGAGGACUGAGACCUCAACAGCGAGGAAAGUUAGCCUCGUGGAAUGCCACGUGGCGCAAGUUCGCCCCCCAGCUGGGGGUACCUUUUGACGUCAUCUAGU